AACCAUUUUGCCAUUCUCCCUCAAUCUCCAUUGCUUUUAGUAGCUUUGAAGUUUCCUUUCAGAAUCACAGUACAAAACCUAGCUACUGUUUGAACCUUUUCUUUCAAAAUUGUUGGUUCUUAUAUAUAUAUAGGAGAGCACAUAACUAAAAGACAAGAUGAAGGCAGUGCCAAAUCCUACAUUUGGGUUGUGGACUAUUUUGCUUGUUACAAUGGUUUUUUUGCUUCUUGGCACUAGCCAAAGCCUAAGACCAUCUCAUUUUACCUACCAAGGGAAUGGACUUCACAAGGGUGACCAAACCAACAACAACAACCACCUAGAGGAUGAAAGGAAAGGGGAGCUAGGGAUGGAGCUAUAUCCAACAGGGUCAAGUCUCCCAGACUGUUCUCAUGCGUGUGGGCCAUGCUUCCCAUGCAAGAGGGUGAUGGUGAGCUUUAAGUGCUCAGUUGCAGAGUCUUGCCCCAUUGUUUACAGAUGCAUGUGUAGAGGCAAAUACUACCAUGUCCCUUCCAACUGAUUCAUCACACCACUCCACUUGGCACCUCAUUAUAUUAUUGGCUCUCAAUUCCAUACUUUUUUUUUUUUUUUUUUACGAUAGAUUAGAGUAGCUAGCUAGCUUCUAUGGUGGAUCAUGUUAGUGCAUGCUUUAAUCACAAGUGUUAUUGUUUUUGUCAUAUUUUCAUGAUGUAGUAAGAGGGGUAAGUAGAAUUAGGAAAAGGUUAGUUUUACUCUUUUUGUAGUUGAGAUAUGUCAGACAUUUUACUGCA